GGAGUAUAAAGGCUCUGCAGCGCUGCAGAUCUGCUCCACACUGAGACUCAGAGGCCAUCAUCAUGGAGCUCCUCACCAAAACUCUCUUCCUGUGCCUCGCACUGACCCUCACUGCUGCAGACCCUGUGCCCGCACCGGACGCAGUGGCAGAGGCAGACGACGGUCUGCCGCACCGCUGUGACGAUGUGGAGUUUGACGCCAUCACUCCGGACGAGAAAGGAAUAAUGUUCUUCUUCAAGGGCCCCCACCUGUGGAGGGGAUUCGACGGAGACGCUCAGCUCUCCAACGAGUCCUUCGCCGAGCUGGACGACCUGCAUCACAUCGGACACGUGGACGCUGCGUUCCGCAUGCACAACGAGGAUAACGUGGGAGAACACGACCACGACCACAUCUACUUCUUCCUGGACGACCAGGUGUUCAGCUACUACAACCACACGCUGGAGGCCAACUACCCCAAGGCCAUCGCUGACGACUUCCCCGGAGUCCCCGGUCACCUGGACGCCGCCGCCGAGUGUCCCAAAGGAGAGUGCACCGCCGACUCCGUCCUCUUCUUCAAGGGACACGACGUGUUUGUUUAUGACCUCACCACCAAGACGGUGAAGACCAAGACGUGGGACCACCUGCCCAACUGCACCUCGGCCAUCCGCUGGCAGGAGCACUACUACUGCUUCCACGGACACAACUUCACCCGCUUCCACCCGGUGACCGGAGAGGUCAACCCCGGAUACCCCAAGGACGCCCGCAAGUACUUCAUGAAGUGUCCCGGACACACUCAUGGAGAUCAUUCCAAAAUCCCUAAAUGCAGCGAGAUGAAACUAGACGCCAUCACCACCGACGAUGACGGCAAAAGCUACAUGUUCGCAGGGGCGCUCUACAUGCGUCUGGACACGGAGCGUGAUGGCCUCCACUCCUUCUCCAUCACUCGCCAGUGGAAGGAGGUGCAGACGGGCGUGGACGCCGCUUUCUCCUACGACCACAAAAUCUACCUGAUCAAGGACGACAACGUGUUUAUCUACAAAGGAGCGGCUCCCUACACGCUGGUGGAAGGUUACCCUAAAACCCUGAAGGAGGAGCUGGGCGUGGAGGGACACGUGGACGCUGCUUUUGUCUGUCCUGCUGAAAACACAGUUCAUAUCAUCCAAGGAACGAAUCUGGUGGACGUGGACCUGUCGGCCACGCCCCGCGCCAUCACCAAGACCACGCCUCUGCCCAUCGCAGACAUCGACGCGGGUUCGUGCGACUCUCACGGCGUCAACGUGUACAAGGGCCACCACUUCUACCACUACGAGAGCGCCACCACGCUCGCCAUGAGCAAGAUCGCCCCCAUGCCCCAGGACAUCACCCACGCCAUGAUGGCCUGCCAGGAGUAAGAGCAGGAGAACUUCUGUACCGUAGAGAGUAAAUAACUGCACAUAUAUCCUCCUCCAGCUGUGAGUUUGAGUUUCUCAAUGAAUAAAAUGAUGUGGAAAACUGCAAA